GCACGUUAUCCCCAAACAUUCAGACCGUUCUGUCCUGGUUUGUUUGAAAACAAAAAUUCAACCUUCCCAAUUUUUUACGUAAACGAGUCAAGUGAAAAAUCUGUCAAAAUUUUUUCAGUAUUCAUAAUCGCUUGCUGUAAGUGAAUUUAAAGUUUGAUGUUCUUUGCUGCACAUAAUUGUUGUUUCACCUGGUUGUUGUUGAUAGGAAACAGUGUCCCAUAUUUCAACUAAAUGUAUUGUUGUACCAUUUGGCUAUAUUUGGGGUUGAUGUUCUGUAGUGCAACGUUAGAUGUUUAAAUGUUCGGUGCGAAAAAUCGCGAGAUUUUUGCGGGUUUUAGCGCAACUUAGAGGAGCCUGACGAGCGAUCGAUGAUGCGUUUUCGUUUUGAUUGAGUUGACCGGAUUGGGUUUGUCAAAAUUAUGGGCCAACGUCGGAAUUACCACACGUUUCCGAACAUUCGAUGUAAGUGUUUUUAGAUGAUUUAUAGAUAGAAACAAAAAAGCGGGAGUGUGGUCCAAGAUGCUCAACUUUAUCGUAUCGAUCUUUUCGGCGAUGCCGAUGAGCCUCGUACACGUGUUUUGUUCCCUCUAUUCUUGUAGAUUCUUUCGAUUACUCUUUAAUUUUCAACACUAUUGAUCUGUUAUGGGAUAAGUCAAGUUCCCGCUGCCCUCAUGUUGAAGAUACCUGCACGUUUUAAACAAUGUGACCUGAGUGUUUCCCUAGCCUUUGAUUAUUGUGACUGCAUUGUCAACAUGGGUACAAGAGCUGCUGCAUUUACAGCUAAAAUCCGCAACCUCUAUGACUACCAACUACGACUUAUGCAGGGUAUUUUGCCUCUACCUUCUGGAGUUGACAUAGCAAACACAAUAAAAUACUUCUCUCAAACCCUUUUAAGUGUUCUCAAAGAUGUUAAAAAUUCUCCCUUCGACCUUCUGAAAGAUACAGAAAUGGAUGGAGUCCGUAUGGGACUUUUUCCAAGCUUGGAUUACAAAGGUCUUUAUAAUUCCAUUAUACCUUUAAUUGAAGUAGCACCCCUCAUAACCAAUGGGCUCCAUGCGUUUGGACAAGCGUUGUUGCAAUGUCUGGGGUGCCUUCUUCCCUUUUUAGAGCAUGAUUUGAUUGAUAAUUUACCAUAUUUAACUGCAUCAACUAUCGCUGUUUUGCCUCCUAGUUUACAUCAAGAAAUCAUCAACACUUUAUGUUAUUACAUUCUUCCUUUCACGAUAACCCGGCAUGAUCCAAAACAACCGGACAUUUGUCAGUCGGUUUCUUCGGUUAUAAUGAUGAUUUUCCAGUAUUCCACCAACCCAGCUCACCACUGUCAACUUCUAGAGUGCCUCAUGACGUUAAAGCAGAAUAUUCUGAAGGAUAUGCUGAGCGCCAUUGCUUAUGGAACAUCCAAUUCACGAGCAUCGGCAGCUAAACUUUUAUUUUACUAUUGGCCAACUUUCAACGCCAACUUGUUCGACAGGAAAAAUUUAAUUUGUAAAUUUGCUGAUCCUACACCUUUUGUUUGCCAGAGGAAUAAGUGUCCAAAUUCAGGAAAUGCCGAAGCAGCUAAAGUUUGUUACGAUCACUGUAUAGCUAUUAAGUUCUCCACGGAUAUUCCACCUCCUUUAUAUCUUUGUAUUGAGUGCGCUAACGAAAUUCAUCGAGAACAUCCCAACCAGAGUUUCUUCGAUGUUCUACAUCCAAUGCAACAAGUUUCUAUGGUCUGCGAAAAUAAGAACUGCAGAUCGACCGAUAAAUCAGCAAUAUCUAUAUGUUUUGGAACCGAAUGUGCCUCAUAUAACGGUAACCACCCAAUAAGGUAUUGUGAACAGUGCCAUAAUAACCGGCACAAUUCUAGAAGAGGAGGAGACCACAUUGUCCAUAAAGCUAUACCUCCAACUUGGGAGAUGGACCCUGAAAUGCAAACGUGCAUGGUAGAAGCAAUUGUUAGUUUACUGACUGAAGCUCGAAUACCAGAAGAUGAGUUGAAGGAUAUUGAUAGAAGAGAUCUAGACGAAAAAAGUGAUAAAAAGGAAUCAAAAGAAUGUAAAGACAAGGAAGGAAAAAGUCCUAUUCCCGCAUUAGACAAUAUUAGUGUAGAAGAAAGGCAGCUUUUAGGCAGAUACGGUGUUUGGUUGCUCGUAGGAAGGUGUAGUCCGGAUGAUAAUACACAAAUUGAAGUUUUAGGCCGACUUUUAGCCAUGAUCUUCCAUUGGUUUCAUAUGACAGCCUACUCGUAUGACGGUAGAGAAGAAAGCGCUUUAGAAAAACUAAAAACGGUAGAUGUUUGCGGAUGGUUAAAAGAAAUCAGUAAAUCUCACUACAACCUUUUUGUAUCGUGCCUUUUACCACAUCCACCAGACUAUGCGAGAAUCGGAGGCCAUUGGGACACGUUAGCAACGAAAACGACACAUUUAAAGGAAGGUCUGGACCGCUUGUUCUGUCUCGUGCCUUAUGAUGUAAUAACGCAGGAAAUAUGGGACUUCAUUAUGCCGCACUGGAUGGAGGCCACUGUGGAUGGCGUGCCAGAAAAAGAACUUCCCGAGCUAAAAAUAGUCCUGAGCAAGAUCCUCGACGCGGAUAUGAGCCCUUUGGGCUUCGAUUCCAAGAAAAUGUACCAUUUCGUAGCCAUAAGAUUCCAGCAAACCAGCGCAAAAGUCCAACAGCAAGCUCUCAAAUGGCUUCAAACGUUAACAUUGCUGGAAAUUUCCACUCCGCUACAUCUUCUGUUUUCUAUUUUUGGCGAUGGAGUGACCAGUAUGAAAGAAGGGGCUAACCAUGGAGAUACAGUUCCUAUUGAACAACCUCAAGAACUUCAGCUAGUAAACGCUGAAAAUAAAAGGGACUCCUUAACAACAGAAGAAACUCAGUGUGACGAUUCAGCUAAAAAUUCUAUUGAAAAACCUCCAGAACUUCAGCCAGCAAACGCUGAAAAUAAAAUGGACUCCUUAACAAAAGAAGAUAAUAAGUGUGACGAUUCAGCCAAAACAUCCACUUUGGAGGAAGCAAAUGGAAUAAAUAUGCCUCAGUCAGAAAAAAAGCCAGAGUCAGAAAAUAACUUGUCUUGUUGCAUACUUAUGCUGGAUAUUCUUUUAAAGCAAAUGGAAUUGCAGGAGAUCGAUAAACACACCGGUUUAAAUUCUUCUCUAUGCAAAAACGUGUGUUCUCUGUUAAAAAGCAUGAUUACAGCUGCCUGGAUUAGCUCGCACGCGUGCUCAACUCAAACAGAAUGCACCUACUGCGAAUGCAGCAUUAUGUGGCAUCAGCUGGCCUAUGAGCUUGUUAUCUAUUUAUCGCCAGUUACUUUAGCACACCCACCUGACCCCCCUUGCGACAGCGAUUCCGAUGACGUGCAUAGUAGGAAAAGCCCACCGGAGAGCGACAAAAAGGAGAAGUCCAGCGAAGUAGUGUUGAACAUGCCCAUUCCGGAGGUCCACUCGGUGGGAGGCGCUCUAGUUCACAUGCCGCACGUGUGUUCUGUACGAAUAUUACAGCAUAACUCAAACCAAGGCCAACACCACCUUAAAUCCUUACCCUAUUGGGUACAGCUUAGUCCUAUCUUGAUCAUGACCGCCACGGUUGAAACUGUCUCUGAACAACUCGAUAUAGCCUCUAUUAUACCAGCUGAGAAAGCUGUUUCGGCAGUAACAAGGGCAAUAACUCUCUCAGACACAGAUAUAGCAAAAUCCCAAGGCUCAGUUACAGGCGAGAACAACGAGCAAGCUGAUACAGACUCCGACGACAUAGAUUUCUGGCAGACUUCAGUUGGAAAAUUUAGGUUUUCUAUAGACGAAUUACCCGAACCAAUUCAGUACAUACAUCAAGUUCUCAUAGAAAUUUCAAAAGUCUCCAAACCAGACAUUCUCUAUUACAUGCUCAAGUGCCUCAAUGUCCUGAUUCUUUAUGGGGAUGCCUGUACCAAAGCAUCAAAAGAAAACAAAGGAUUUUUCAUUUGGUGUCAAGAACACCUCAUCAUUAAAAAUAUAUGGAAUUUAUUAAAUUCUGACCAUUCACACAUUUGCCAAGAAGCAGUGCCUUUGCUUCUUCACUGUAUCACCCUGUCAGCAGGUCUAGAUGUCUUUUGGAGAAUAAUUCAAGAAGAUUUCCACAACCAAGAUUGGAGAGUAAGAUUCAGAGCAGUUGAGAGGGUGACUGUCUUAGCUAGAUUUAUGGCGGACUGUCCGUUAAGGAAUCAAAUGCAACUCCAAGCAGCUCUGGCAAAUGCUUUUUGUUAUUUAAUUUCUAGCAUGGACGAUCCAAACGUAUACGUUGCCCAAAGAGCUACUUUAUAUUUGGGAACAAUUCACGAUUUUGCAAUUAGAUCCCUAAUAAUGUGUCUGGAAACACAAUUUGACGCUGUCAUCCUUGACAGACCUAUGGUUUUACAAUCUAUUUAUCAACUUCACAAUUCUUUAAGCGAGCGAAAGAUUUUAAACUGGGAUUUUUUUCUCAACCGAUUCGACACUUUAUUUAUUGAAGCUCAAAUUGCCUUAGAAAAGGCUGGUGAUAUCAGUUACGUAAGAGAUCUGAAAAAUACGGACGUAAAUAGCGAAACUUUUAUUAGGAAGCUACAUCGAGCACAUGAUGCAUUGUCAGGUCUAAAUGAAGGCAGCAUAGCAAGUUCAGUAAAAACGCUCAGCGCUAGUUUUGGAACAAAAUGGCCUUAUAAACGUACAAUGUCAGCACCUGCCUCCAUUAUAAGACACCAAGAGAGCAAGUCCGUGUAUGUUCCAGAGACAAAAGAGAAGGUGUACAGUCGUCAGUACUCAGCGCCGAUUUUGAAAAGAAAAAGUUCGCGCUUUGGACUUGGUCAGUUUCUAGGCACUAGUAACAGCAUUCCAGAUGGACAUAUGCACUCAUUAAACGUUGUGGAUGACCACAACUUAACAACAUUUCUCCAAAAAAUAAUUGACCUAGAAGAGGCUGAUAAGGAAACAAUCCAUCUCCUAAUCUUCCUUCUGAUGCAGUUUUUAUCAAGAUCUGACCAAGCUUAUCCGGCAGAAGAAAAGAACUUGGCGAGGACCCAAACAAUCGUACUGAAACAUUUAUGGUUACUUUUAGGUUACAGCCAGACCGAUAGAGGCAUAUAUCUUCCACCACAGAGUUUGCGAGCAUCUCCAGCAUUUAAUGUUUUUCUGGUAAACCUACCCCAACUGAUGGAUCAGAAUCAUCUUAUGGGAAGAAUUCUGCUGCCAACGUGUUUAAUUAUUUUACAAUACGCCCCAUCUCCAUAUUACAUACCCAGUGCGAUGGACUUUCAACAACCCUUAUACAGCUUAUGGGCUUUGGAGCCCCAUACUAGAAAACACUGGCUCAUGUCACUGGUUGUUCUCUUGUAUAAGUAUCAAUAUAAUCAACAGCCGCAUUGUAUGCAACUAACAGCCUUGAUCAGAAUUGUACUCAAUACUUUAGAUUCGCAACAUCAUCAUUGUAGAAGAAUACCUGCUACGAUUAUAAUGGGGCAGCAGCCUUCUAGAUCUAGAGAUGUAAGUCAACCGUCUUUGGGUACAGAAAUUGACCACCCAGAACGCACUACUCCGCCCUUAUCACCAAUGUAUUCGUCCGAUGGUCAAUCUAUACAGGUAUCCCUAAGUUCAAAAGGCGGUAAAGUUCAGGUUUCCUACACAAAACCUUCGUCGAUCACCAGCAUGGAAACCUACUGGGAAGAAACUAAUCAGAAUGAGAAUUAUCCAGACAAGAGGUGGGAGAAAAGUUUCAAAAAACAGCUCACAGAUAAAAUUAGUUUGGAUGACGAUACGGAAAGUGAAUUAAAAGCAAUACCUGAAAGUGACAUAUCCGAUAGCACGUUGCAAGGCAGCGUCCAAGAUUCGUUCGAAGAAGCAUUAAGUGAUAAUUCUGGACCAGGAAUAAGUAAACAGUUAACUGAAAAAGCUUUAGUAAAUCGUUCUCCUAAAGAGAGUGUAUCUAGUUUAAUAGAGAUGAAGAAGAUUUGUUCGAAUAAAUCCCGACCGGUGUGGAUCAUCGGCAGCGAAGAAGACUCAAUACGGUCAUGUGACAAUAAAAUGCAAGAUAUAGCCAAAGCGAAGAUGGAUUUUAACAAGAACUGUGCUAGAACUAAAUCUACCUCAAGUAGCGCAUCCGUAAAUUUAACUAAUGGUAGUUUUUCCUGUUCAAGCGUCCAUACAGGGAAAUCGGUUGCCGCUUUGCCCCACAGACAACUAAAUGCUUUCAACGCAGUACACGUAUCAAAAUCAACGCCCAUGGGCAGACAUAAAAAAGUUAUUGAACCAAGCAUAACACCAGUCUGCACACCUGUUCUGGACUGUGACAGUAACAGAAAUAAUUUACCAACGCCAGCCAUGGAAAGGCUUCUACCCAUUGGACCAAUUAAAUCCCCAGAAUUAGAUGAAGUUUUUUCGCCACUGGAACCUCAGCUACAAAUACCAACUCAAGAAAGACUGUUGCCCAUUGGGUCUCAUACCAAAGAUAUCUCCCAGCUAGUGGAAAAGGUAAAACAGGCCCUAAAUAUAAAUACACAGUUGGGAAAAAUAACCAGAAAAAAUGAGCAAUCUGAAAAAAAGUCUGAGCAACCAAGCACAUCCCAAACACACAGUCCAAGGAAGUUGAUUAAACAAGUUGCCUUGGAAAGUCCACCGAAUUUAUAUGAGAGUGACGAUAACGGAAACGGGUUCGAAAAUUACUUGAAAAGCAUCAAAGUCGACAGCACAAGAGAUGCGAUUGUUAACCACAGGCAAAGAAUACGAAAACCUGGAACCUUUAACACGAACUCGCACCAACAGAAGCCCAAAAUACCGGGUGCUUGGUUACUGAACUCUCAGUUAGCCUCACCAAAAACAGAAACUACAUUCGACACCAAACAAAGUUCGUUCAGGAUAGGAGAAGAAUGCGUAAAGGAAAGAUGUUCAGAGUGUGGCACAGUUCGAGAAACAUACAGCGAUGAAGAAAUGGGAUUAUGUAUCGUUGCGUUAGGAACUUUUAUUCACAGAGAGCCAAGCCUUGCAGCUCCGUUAUUGCCAGAUAUUUUAAGCAUAGUUGCAAAGAUAGCCACAAAUGCGUCAUAUCCCUGGCAAUGUGAAAGCAGCAUCCACCUUCCAGGUGGUGCUGUUAGUGUAGCUCAUCAGUUUUUAAGAUGUGUCCUACAUCAACUUGCUCCCAACGGAAUUUUUAUGCAAAUGUUUCAGACUAAAGCAUCAGAACAUAUAAGACUGCAAUUUUUUAAGAGUGUCAUCCAGGCGCUUGUAGAUUUUAACGAGUUAAACCCAAUAGCACCAUUACAGCUACUUUUGGAAAAUCUAAAUUCAAAAAAAACUUUGCCAGUAGAUUUAAUGCCUACAAUAUUAUCAAACAUGGCAUCUUAUCUGAAUUGUCUUCCUUUGGAAGCUGCUAUAGGACCAACAACACCUAUGUGGAGCACUGUGUUACAACAAUUAGAAAUCCUUUAUAGAAAAUUAUUAUUCUUGUUGAACGCCCUAGACGAUGUUGCUCCUCUCUUAAAUAUUAUGGCAUCGGUCUUCAAGAUGCCUUUGAUAACGCAAUUUAAGGGUAUUUUGGAACCUUUCUCGAAAGUUUUAAGCUAUGCAAUUCAAACGCACACGCUAAAGUACAAUUUGUUAGUUGAAAUUUGUUAUUUGUGUAACAAAGCGUUUACGAAAGAUAGAGAUAAGUUAAUUUUUAGUAGGAUGGUCGUGUUUGAGUUGGUUCAAGUCUUAAAAUUCAAAACAACGAUACCAGACUCUAAUUUGCUAAUGUUAAUUAACUUAGUUUUACAGGAUGUAGGGGGUCAUAUCCCAUCAAAUGUCGUAAUAAAAGAUAGUAUUUUAUUUUCUUUUGAUUAUUCACCAGCUUGUAAUACUGGCAUAUCGGAAUGUAUGAAAUUAAACCUUGUAGAUAUUCUAGAAUUUUUAUCAGAUUUUCAUACAAUAUCAAAAAUGAAAAGUUACUGUAAAGGAAUUGGCGUUGGUUUAAAUGAUGACACCCUUGGAGGGAUUAUAAAAUGUAGUGUUGCUCAAUACUUAGCUUUAGAAAUAACCAAGGGUAAUGGAAGGGAUAAUAGAGCUGUUACAAGGUAUUUCCCUUGGCUGUAUAGUACUUCCGCAUCUCAACAGAGCCCAAGAGAAUUCGUCGAAUGCAUAGGCCACAUAAGACUUUUAUCAUGGCUACUACUGGGAUCAUUAACGCAUACAGCGUUGCAAGGUAGAAACAGCAUAGCGAUGUUAAGUCAGCCUAUUCCUCACGAGGCAUCCUGUCAGAUAGCUGAUAAUAUUCAAGUAAUCAUGUCAGGUUUUGCCGAACAACCGAAAGCCAGCGUUUUACACAUGUCAUCUUUAUUUCACGCAUUUAUUCUUUGUCAGCUUUGGACAGUCUACUUGGAACAGAGUUUGAACCAUCAUAUACCAAUUACAGAAGCUUACAACGUAACUAUGAAUAUUCUUUUUGACUUUUGGAGCAAAGUUACACCAUGCAUAUUACAGCUUGUCCAGCAUUCAAAAACAUUGAGUGAAAUUGUAAGCUUACAUUUUCUGAGUAUGUUGGAAGCCCUUAUAGAAUGCCAGUCAACUUUUGUAGCGAAACUGUUGCCGCUCUGGACACCUGUAUUGCUAUCAAGUCAGGUCCAAUUACCAGGACACUUACAAGUAAGGCUUCAAAACUGUCGCAACUUUCCACCAACAAUUUACCAGGAAAUUUCAAAUGAGAAAACAAAGCUAAGUCACUUAAAUAAUCCAAUGUUACUGAAAUGGUUACAAAGACUUCAAUUCAAAAUGGGCCAGAUAGAAUUACAAUCUUCAACAGCAACUCAAUUCUACUCAUUGUAGUUAUAGCUCAUUAUAAUAACACAUAAUGUUAAAGCUAUUAAUUAUUAUAGGAAGAAAACAUUAACUAUUAUAGAGAAUAAAUUGUGUACAUUUUUUUAUAUUAAAAUUUAGUUGUGUAUUCCUUUAUAAG